UUUAAAAACUGCUUUAAACCCAGGAAGUCUCCAUACAUUUUUUUUCAGUGAGAACAACGACCAAAGGAGCUUUAAAUCGGCACAAAAAGGUCUGCAUCAUGGACUCCUCUCCAAUCCUUCGACAGCAAAGUCAAAGUAAAAUCCUUAGUGAUUUUCACAGAAUGACGAAUGAAGACAACAUAGAAAAAGCAGAGCCAAAGCUUUCCAAAGUUAUGUCUUCACUCCACCUUUCAAGCAAACAUGGUGAGAACAAAAAUCCUGCAGAAUCUAUACGAAAGCCACCUUUACAGCAAGUAGGGAGCCGGCUCCCCGUUCUGGCAAAGUCCCUUAAACUCCAGGUCCCCUCUGAGUUCAAGCAGUCCUACAAUAAGUGGGAAGAGAAGCCGUUAGCUGGUAAAACAAAAAAGCCAUGUACCCGGCCUGUACCAUUUAACCUCUCACAGCCCAAAAACACAAGAAAGGCACUUGGUAACUGUGAACCUUUGAUGGCCUUUCAGUCAAGGGCUCGUACUAAAGAGCGUGAACACAGUGUAUACAAAAAGCCCAAUAAUCAUCCAGGUCUCGUUAAGAAUGGCUCAGACUCGGCCAGAGGUUCUGGGAAACCCCAUGCAAAGGCGACAAGUAAUCCAGCUCACCUUUCAGGGAAGCUCAGACCCACAUCCCAGACUUCAGCCCCUUCGAAUAAUCCCCUGUUCACUUCACGUAAAAUGGGAAACAAGAAUGCAAGCAUCUCCUCUGCCCGAGCUGGUCUUCAUCCAGAGAUUGGCUCAAAUCCACUUGGUGACAAAGAGACUGCAUCACUGACAAAACAGGACACUAAUUCCAAACCUUUAAAUGAAGAAAGUGAGAACUUCCAGCAAGAUCAUGCGGCUUUGCUGAGCAUCCUCCGGAAUGAGGGCAUAGACCACGUUAGUCAACCAGUCGCAACUUCGCAAAACUCCAAAAAAUGCAAUGAUCGACCUCAGCGAGUGUCCGUUAUGAAGAGUCAUCGAAAAGUCGGGGCCACAGCAGAAGAAAGUGAGAACUUCCGGCAAGAUCAGGCGGCUUUGCUGAGCAUCCUCCGGAACGAAGGCAUAGGCCACGUUAGUCAAUCAGUCGUUACUCCGCAAAACUCCAAAAAAUGCAGCGAUCGGCCUCAGCGAGUGUCCGUUAUGAAGAGUCAUCGAAAAGUCGGGGCCACAGCAGAAAAGAGUGAGAAAGUCCAACCACAUCAGGCAGCUCUGAACGCCCUUCAGAACGAGGCCGUUGGCCGUGUCGAUCAACCAGUCACUACUCCGAAAAACUCUGAAAAAUACAGCGAUCUGCCUCAACGAGUGUCUAUCAUGAAGAGUCAGCGAAAAGCCGGGGCCACAGCAGGUCCAGGAAGGGUAGUUCAGUUCUCACCAGACCCUCCUGCUCUGCGGAGCGUCCUGCAGAACGAAGGCGUUGAGGUCACUGCACCUCUGGGUGCCACACCUAGACUUUCAGUGUGUCCACCUGGCAGAGUGCCCUUCAUCUACUCUGCUCAGAGAGUGCCUCUUAAGAAGGGUUGCCCGAACUCAACCAGUCAUGCAGUGGGUCCAGGAAGGGUAGUUCAGUUCUCACCAGACCCUGCUGCUCUGCGAAGCAUCCUGCAGAAUGAAGGCGUGAAGGUCUCAGCUCCUGUAGGUGCCACGCCCAGAAUUUCAGCGCAUCCACCUGGCAGAGGGACCUCCAUCUACUCUGCUCAGAGAGUGCCUGUUAAAAAGGGUUACCCAGAGUCAUACAGUCGUUCAGUGGCGGCACAAAGAGGGGUGGCACAGAAGAAAUGCUCUCAACAGAUGGUUCACAACAUCAAGCAUCAGCCCAUGUCUGCAACGGUUGUCCAGAGGUUAUUUGUUGAUGCAGAGGAUGAACAGGGCAAAGCUGGGACGGAUGAAAAUCCCUCAAUAGAAAUCGAGCAGAUCCCAGCUCCAUCCUCGCCUUCUGAGCCUCUCUGUGAGGGAAAGGCCGAGAGGUGUAACCAAGAUGACUGCGAGGAAGAGGAGGAGGAGGAGGAGGAGGAGCUCAAGACCUUCCUCCAGGCACCACAUAGGAAAUCUGUCAUCAUUUUCUCAACUGGUAAAAAGUUGAUCAGAGCCUCACAGUUUGAGAAUCAGGAAGGUUCAGACCAACCUGCCCCAGCUCCAUCAUCACUGGCAAAGUUAACGACUGCAACUGGUGACCUGUCAGAGCUGCCUCAUCAGAUCCACUCUACUGUUCAGUGUCUGCACAAAGGCGUCUUCAAUAAGCCUUGUUCUUUGAGUCCGGCGGUGGCCAUGUUACGGAAACGUCUCCCUCAUAUAGCGGAGCUGCGUCUGGAUCAGGAGGUUGAAACCUACACCUCCGCAUCUGUCCCUGCUGUCUCUCCUCUGCCUCGCUGUGGGAACCCGCUGGCCUCUGUGUUCCACCUUAAGGACUCCAUGAGAUUUAUCCCAAUCGACUUGGAUCUCUCUUCUGGUCCAUCGUUGUUCAGUUCCUCGCAGCAUGAGAGAUAAUUUGCACGCAAAGAACACUGGAAGAAAGUAAAACCUCACCUCUAGAGUAAUUAAAGUCUGAAGAUGUUUUUUAUAGUUAUGUUGAAUUUGCAUAAUAAAAAUAAGGGUGUAUAUUUUA